AAUAGGAGCUCGAGGGGGGCGGGGCUUAUGCCGUAACACAGACACGUGUACAGGGAAGCAGGAAGUGAAGCGGCUCACUUGGUGCCUGUAUACAGCGUCAUGCUUCCAGGCUUCAGUCCUGUGGUUCAGGCCCUGCUGGGGACCCUGUUCACCUGGGGGCUCACGGCAGCUGGAGCCGCUCUGGUCUUCGUGUUCUCCGGCAGACAGAAGCGGAUCUUGGACGGCAGUCUGGGAUUUGCGGCAGGGGUCAUGCUGGCGGCCUCCUAUUGGUCCCUGCUGGCUCCUGCUAUUGAGAUGGCCGAGGAAUCUGGGAAAUAUGGGGACUUUGCGUUCAUCCCCGUUGCUGUGGGUUUCACACUCGGAGCUCUGUUUGUGUACAUUGCAGACCUGAUGAUGCCUGUUCUGGGUAUCGUGUCGGACCCUCAUAUGGCUCUGGCGCUGCCGUCUGAUGGUAAACUGGGCGAUAAGAAGAAGAAGAAAAAGAGCUCUCUGGCUGGGCUGUGUGAGGAAGAGGAGGAUGAGGAAGAGCAGAUGUCCAUCAGGAUAGAUAAAGUGGAGAAUGGAGAGGUGUACCAGAGACGUCGGGCUCCCAACACCGGCCACACAGAGGAACAGGAAGUGAGUGCGAAACCACAGGAUCUGACGAGCCAAUCAGAAAGCAGCUGGCGGCGAGUCGUUCUUCUGAUCCUGGCCAUCACCAUUCACAACAUUCCCGAGGGUUUGGCUGUUGGCGUGGGCUUUGGGGCCGUCGGAAAAACUCCAUCAGCGACGUUUGAAAGCGCCAGAAAUCUGGCUAUUGGCAUUGGCAUUCAGAAUUUCCCAGAAGGCCUUGCAGUGAGUCUCCCAUUGCGCGGUUCUGGGGUGUCCACAUGGAGAUCCUUUUGGUACGGACAGCUGAGUGGGAUGGUGGAGCCUCUGGCGGGGUUGUUAGGGGCCGUUGCCGUGGUGAUGGCGGAGCCGUUGCUACCCUACGCUCUCGCCUUCGCUGCAGGAGCCAUGGUGUAUGUGGUGGUGGAUGACAUCAUUCCUGAAGCUCAAGUCAGUGGGAACGGUAAGCUGGCCUCGUGGACGUCCAUUCUUGGCUUCGUCGUGAUGAUGUCAUUGGACGUGGGUCUUGGCUGAGCCUUUUCAUUGGUCGAAACUUUGAAUGUCACCCGACUGCACUGAAGUAAAGUGACCAAAGCAGCCUUUUUCUGGAGUUUACUGUAGGUUUACUAUUCAAUGGAAUAUUUUUCUACGUAUUUUAUGUAAUUUUUAUUUGUUUUAUGAAUGACUCGCGGACCACAUUUGUUUAGACGGCAAAAAAACUUUAAUUGCAAAAACUUGAAUAAUGAUUAAAACUUGAAUGAAUGACUUAAGGGGUUGUUCAGGUGUGUGUGUGUGUGUGUGUAUUUCUGUGUACAUGAGAGCUUGCCAUCAUUAAUAUAUGGACCGUAAGUUCUCAGUAUCGAUGUGCACUCAUUUGAACGAAAAGCAAUGAUAACUCUGUUCAUAACCUUCUUGAGUAAUGCAUUGUUUUUUUAGCUAGUCUUUUCAGUCAGCCAGUCACUUUCAAGUUAUGAAAUUAAAUAAGGGUUUUAUUUUACGGCAUUUUCUUUUCAAUUGCUGAUAAUUACACAUUAUAUGCAACACAAGUAAGGUAAUAUGCAACACGUGUGAAUGAAUAUGUAAAAUAAUUACACUGUACAACCUGUUUAUUUUUUUUUCAUUUGUUCUACACUGUGAAAUACAGUGAAUAUUUUCAUUUGAUUGCUUAAAUAAGGAGAAAAGAGUAAUAAACUGAUUGUCUAAUUCC